AGACCUAUCUCAUUAGCGACUAUCAUUGCAAAAGUGUUGGACAGUUUGAUUGAUCGGCACCUGGAGAAGCACAUAAAUUUGAAUGACGCGCAAUUUGGUUUUCGGCGGGGUCUCUCAACGGAAAGUGCUAUCCUGGCUCUCAAACAAACUGUCCAAUACUACACAUCUAGGAAAACACCUAUUUUUUCCUGCUUCCUAGAUCUUUCUAAGGCUUUUGACCUUGUUAGCUAUAAUAAGCUUUGGGAAAAGUUGAAAGGAACCAGUUUACCUAAUGAAAUAAUAUGUAUGCUUAUGUUUUGGUAUAAUAAUCAGACAAAUUAUGUGCGAUGGGCGGAUGCAUUAUCCGAUGAGUAUAGGUUGGAGUGCGGGGUGAGGCAGGGGGGGUUGACCUCUCCCCGUCUCUUCAAUCUGUACAUCAAUGACCUGAUCGAGGAGCUCAGCAGCAGCAAAAUAGGUUGUCACAUAGACGGGGUGUGUGUAAAUAACAUUAGUUACGCCGAUGACAUGGCCCUGCUGAGCCCCUCGGUCAGUGCACUGAAGAAAUUGGUAGGUAUGUGUGAACGAUAUGCAGUGACUCAUGGGCUCAAAUAUAAUGAAAAAAAAAGCGAACUAAUGUUAUUCAGAGCGGGUAAUAAGACAUACCCGUUCGAACAGGAGAUCGAGUUGAACGGCGCUCCUCUGCAAAGAGUGAACAAAUUCAAAUAUUUGGGCCACUGGGUCACACCAGACCUAAGUGACAAUUUAGACAUAGAACGGGAGCGCAGGUCGUUGGCUGUCCGAUGUAAUAUGUUGGCCCGCAGGUUUGCAGGGUGUACCAAAGAAGUGAAGGUGACAUUUUUCAAGGCGUAUUGCCAGUCCUUCUACACUUGCAGCCUGUGGGUGAACUAUACGAAGCGGGCAUACAGCGACCUGCGUGUCCAGUACAACAACGCAUUCAGGGCUCUGAUGGGGCUGCGGCGUUUCUGCAGCGCGUCCGGCAUGCUGGCCGAGGCGCGUGUGGACAGCUUCCAGGCGAUCAUGCGCUCGCGGUGCCUCUCCAUGUGGCGCCGCAUGCGCUGCGGCUCCAAUGGCAUCCUGAAUGCGUUGGCGGACCGGUGGGACUCUCCGAUGCUGGCGCGCUGGAUAAGGCUACAUGCAGUCAAGUUGACAGCCUUCUAGCAGGUGUAGGUAUCUGAGAGUCCAAACGGGCCGUGUACCCCUUUUUAUAUUUUUGUUAUUUUGUGCGUUUUAUUGUGUUUGUGUAUUUAUUAACCAUUUCAUUAUAAUAUCAUGUUUACUAACCACCAUAUGGACUAUUGAUUGUAAUUAAUUUAAUAAGUCUGAAAUAAAAUUAUUUUAUUUAUUUUA